AUGGGAAAUUGCGUGAGAUAAGGAUCUAUAAAAGUAGGUGCAAUUCAUAAAAAAAGAUCAACAAUUAAAAAGUUGUAAGAAUAAGCUGAUAAAGAAGAAUAUGAAGAUAUAACACAAUAAACUAAGAAAGCUAAUGAUUAAGAUGCAGAAGAUACUAUUCCAUAGCAAAGGAAAAAAUCAAAAUUAAUGGAAUUAAAAAAAAAUAAAACAAAAAAUGAAGCAAACUAAUUUAUAAGUUAAUCAAACAACGAAAUAAAUGAAAUCAAAUAAAGCACUGAAAAUAGGCUUGACUUUUAGAAUUAAAAUAUAUCCACACAUAUACUAAUACAAAUUGAGGAGUAGAGGACGAAAUAAGAAACAGUUAUCAAGCAAUAAUUGAGUGAGUUGAACUUAGAAAAAAAUGUAGUCAAUAGCAUAUUUUAGCUUUUAAGAGAUUUUUUAUCCCAUAUAAAAGACACGAAAAAAUAUUGGGUGAAACUUAAAUUUAUUGGGUACAGCAAAAGUUAGUUCAAUAGCAAUUAAGUGGGAGGAAGCAUAAACAUCAUAGUAGAAUACAAUACUGGAGAAAUGACUAAACUGAAAAUUAUUUUUUCUAAAGAUAUGGAGAAAUCGAAUUUUGAUUUAGAUACUUUUGUAUUUUACUCGAAAUUGGAAAAUACUAAUCUUGUAAAGGUCUAAGAUUUUAAUUUUAGGAUAAGUCCAAAGUAUAUGAGGUAUUAUAUCUUUAGUGAGUUUAACUAUCACGAGAUGUCAAUUUAAUAGAUGAUAGCUAAUCAAAUUAAAACUGAUUAGCCUUAAAUGAAUUAAUCUAGUUUUAAAUAGAUGUUUACAGAUAUCUUAAAUUUGUUGUAUUAUUUUUCAGAAAUUAAAUUUACUCAUGGUGGUAUCAAUCCCUCUAAUAUUUAUAUCAACAAGUAAAUGGAAAAGGAUGGCCAUUAUAUUUAAAAAGCUUUACUCGAUAUCAGCUUAUCAAAUAAUUCUUACAAUAGAAGAAACACUAAAUACAAAGAAUUUGCUUUUAGAAAAAGUAGUGAUUUAUAAUAAUUUGCCAUUACAAUUUUAUCUCUGAUGUCUUCUAUGGACAUAAAUUCAAUAGAAGAAGCAAAUAAAAAAUCUAUUAUUUCUUCUAAGCUUUCUGCUCCUUCAAUUAUAUAAGUUGAUAAUGAUAUAAGAUAUAUGCUUUAUUGUAUUUUAAAGGGCUCUGAUAUGAUUCUUGAAUUUGGAGCUUAGGAAAUUAAAAAAUAAUAUGAUAAUUCAAUAAGCUAUGAUAAUAAAUUGGGGUUGAUAAGACCGAAUCAAUAAAAAAAUUAAAUUUCUUUUUGCUAUUAUAUUAACAAUGGAUGUGAAAUUAUUGUUUAUUCUUUCUACACUAAAUGGGCAUUUGGCUAUAGAAUUUAUGAAAGUAUUAAUUUAGACAAUAAAGUCUCUAUUAAAUAAUCCUACUGUUCUGGAGAUUACCUAUAUUUUAUAUUUGAAAUAACUGAUACAUCUGACCUCUUUAUUUCUAAAAUUAACUUGAGAAAGAAGUGUUUAGAUAAUAAAAGUUUAAGCAUAAUCAAAUCUAUAUCAGAUGCUCUUUGUAAAAUGUAAGGUGUAAAAAACGAAGAAGAACUAGAUAUUAUGGAAGCUUUUGAAGUUCUCGAUAAAAAAGGGGAAGAGUUUAUAAGUGCAGAUGAUUUUUUGCAUUUUUCAUUUGAAAAUAAAAUAAAAGAAGCUGCAAAUAACUAAGCAUUAGAUUUCUCUACAAUAAUAAGCUGCUUUGAUGAGAAUGAUAAUGGAAAAUUGAAUUUUUACGAGUUUAAAAAUAUGAUUUAGUAUGUUAUGAGUUCGAGGCCUUUUAUUUCAAUUGAAAUCCAAGAGUUAAUUGAACUUCCACGCCACUAUAUCCCUUCAAAUAUGUUUAAAAAAGGUAACUACAUAUAUUUAAUUGGUGGUCAGUAUAAUGGUUUGCCUACAAAUAAAUGCUUCAAGUAUUUCCUUAAAGAUUUGAAAGUAAAUUAAGAGAUUAAAGAACUUGAUUACAUUAGUCAAAAAGGAUUCUUAACAGAUUCUAAUGAUCAAAAAAAAUUUAUUUUUUGGAGUUGGAAUUAGAGUGAGGAAUUUUUUGAUAAAAAGAAAGAAGAAUAGAUGCAUAAAAAUGUAGUUAAUAUCAAUAUCAAUCAAGUAUUAGCUAACCAAAAAUAUAAUGAUGCCUUUAUAAAUAAAAAUAGCAGUAUUCUAGAAUUUGAAAAUGUAGAAGAAAUGAAAAAUGCUAUGAUGAGCUAAAAAAGCUUUUUAGAAUUUAAGCCUAUUUCUUCAACUAAGAGUCUAGGUUAAAUCAUAAAAAUUACAAGGACUAACAGCAUACCUAUUAAUUUAUCUUUCGUUGCAGAGAAAGGAGAAGAAAAAAACAUAAAAAACAUUAUUAUGAAUGUGUAUAACACAGAUAAAAAUGUAUGGUCCUCUUGCUAAAUGGAAGAGGAAACCUUUAGCAAGUAGAAUUUUUACUUGCCUCUAAAAGAAUCUGGGUAGGUUAUUAUUUUUUCUAAAGAAAAUUGCUAAAAUGCUGAGUUAGUUGGAAUAAAUCUGGUAUAAGUAGAUUUACGUUAGAUUACAUUAUUUUUUACAAAUAAAACUGCUGUUGAAUAAAUGAUUAAAGGAGUCAUUGAAAAAAAUAUAAAUGUCGCCUUCUACGAAAACUCGCUUCUUUAUAUGAGAAAACAUGCUGAUACUAAUUAAUUUUAUUAUUGCACAUUUAUUAUAAAUGAAGAAACGGGCAUAGUUACCUAUCAAGAGUAUGAAAUCGUUUCAUACUUAGGAAAGUAUGAUAGAAUAUCUAAAAUUCCUAUAAGGUAUGUUAAGGCCAAGAAGAAUCAGAAUUUGCUAAACUAUUCCUCUCAAUCAUUUGUUCAGUUAAAUAGCUUAAGUCUUUCUUCGAAAACUAACCUAAGUAUGAGCUAAAAAUAAAAACUCAAAAUAAAUAGAUAUACAAUUGAUUAAAUUGUUACUCAAUUUGGAGAUACAAUCAUAUAUUCAGCAACAAGAUCUUCUUUUCCUAAUAUAGAAUUUAAGAUAUUAUCAAGAGCUAUCAACAAUUCCACUGAAAAAAUUGAUGAUAUUUAUGAAUCUCUAAAAUUUCUUUCAUCAAACUAGCUGCAAGGAAGGAUAGCUACAGUUAAAGAAGCCUUUUUUGCUUUUGAGCCCAGUACUUCUUCUAUAAAACUGAAUUUGAUUUACUCAAAUGAAGACGUAGGUCUAAGUAUGGCUGAAGUUAUUGCAAAUUUACAAUCACAGAAAAGUAAGGUAAAGCAGAAAUUGCUCCAGUCAAUAAACUUAAGCCAUAAAAAGAAGAAAAAAUUAAUCGAAUAAUCUACUUAAAACAAUUCGAGGAGAUCUUCGGUAUAAAAGCCUGAAAAUUAAGAAAAUUAAGAUAAAACUCCUUCAAGAAAGAGUAGUUUAACCUAAAGACUCUCAAAAAGAUUAAGUAAAAAAUUAUUAGUCCAAGAUACUCCGAAAGCAAAAAAGAAGACUACUUUUUUAACUGCUAGAGUCUAUGAUCUUAUUAACAGUAUAAAAAAUGUAUUAAUUUGCUUGCAUCAGUUGCAUUAAAAUAAAUUUUACCUGAAAGAAGUAUCUCCUCACACAUUAAUUAUUGUUAAAGAAGGAAAAUUUUUUUCACCUUUAAACUUUUAUCAUGAGAACACUUUUACUACAAUUAAUAGUGAAAUAAAGGAGUAAAUUGUGAAAGAAAAUGCCAUCUACGCAGAUUACUUGCCUCCUUAGCUACUUAAAGCGCAUGAGGAUGGAUUAUGUUUUAAUGAUAUUAACUACAAUAUCCAUAAGGCUAACAUAUUUUCAAUUGGUUUGAUAUUUUUAUAAUAUGCUAGCUUAAAGAAAAUAAAAGGAUUUAAUAAAAUUGAUAGUGGAUCUUAAGUAAAGCUUUCAAUGGCAAUCAGCAAUCUUCCUUAUCCUAAAUAUGUACAAGAUAUUUUCAUAAAAAUGCUUAAAUUUAAUGAAGAUGAAAGAUUUAGUGCAACAUAACUACUUGAUUUAAUUCAUCAAAUCAUGCUAAAGAAUAAAAUGGACAUAUAUUUCCCACAAUUGUAAUAUUUCUCUCCUUUGUAAUCAGAGCAAUUUUCUGAAAGCUAAAAAUAGAAUAAAUAUGAUAAAUCUCCAUAACAAAAUAAGCAAGAGUUUUACUACACUUAUGACAACCCAGGCUCUACGUUGUAUCUUGGUGGUAAGUCUUUGCUUUUGGAAUUCAAAAAGACAUUCAAGGUAAAUGAAAAAGUUACAAUGGAGAUGAGUUCAGUGGUGGGUUUAACUAAAUAUCAAGGAGGAUUCUACUCUGUUGUUAAGUAUCCUACUUAGCCUUCUGAGGCCUUACCUUAAUCUAUACUCAAAUAUAUAUUUGUUAAGCUUGUAGGAAACCCAACUAAUCCUAAAUAAAUACAAGGUAACUUAAUUUGCAGCUUACCUUAAUUUACAGGAAGAGAUAUAAAUUACUUAAAUCUCUCUUAUUUAGAAUAAUCUACCAUACUUAUUUAUGGAGGUGCAGAAAAUACUUCUGUAGGAUAAUUAGAUAUGAAGGAGAUGUACUUAUUAUUUGAUAGUUAAAACGAAAAUAAUGUUGGAAAUAGUCAAAAAUUUCAAUUUUUUUCUAGUUUAGAAGCUGGAGAAAGUAUUAACAACAACAACGAUGAUUAAAAAAAGUACGUCAGGAUAGAUGAUUUGAAAAAUAGUGUUGGAAAGGCAUAAAUAUUUAGUUAUGAUAUUUCAUCCAAUGAUUAUAAAUAGUUUGAUUACGAUAGUAUUUCUGAUGAUGAAUAUGAUGACCUUAACAUUCCUGAAUGUUCUGAAUAAGAUGAAGAUGAUCAAGAAAAUUUAAAUAAAUAAAAAGCAAAUUCAAAUGUAGAAUCUGAAGAAGAAGAAGAAAAAAAGGAAAGUGCCACAAAAGAGCAGCCCAAGUAUGAGUUUUUGUAAGAAAGAACUACUGAAUAUUUUAUCAUAGAUUAAAGGCUUAAGUAUAUCUCUUAUUUUAAGAGACAGAUAUCUGUUUAAAUUGUAAAAUCUGAUUUUUCGAUCCAGCAAAGGUACAUUAGUAUAAAAGUGUAGUAGGGACAGAAUAACAAAAAUAUUAAACAAAAUAAAAAGAAGAAUAAUAAUUAAUUUUAUGAAAAUAUAUAAGAAGAAAUUCUUUAGUUUAUACCAAUAUCUGAUUCAUUAGUAAUUGGUUUGGACAUUGAAAAGCAGGAAGCUGUUUUGCUCUCUCUUGUAUCAUUUAAGAGUAUAGGCCUAAGAUUUAUCAAUGAAGUACCAUAGGCUUAAUAAAUUUAACCUAGUCAUGUAAAAAAGUUAUCUUAAAAAUUUUAUUCUAUUACAGGUGAAAAGAGCUUUGUUUAUAUUUAUCAAAAUCAUUACGAUUUAAUCUGUAACACAUUUUCUCUUGACACAGAAAGAAUGAUGCUUAUUCUAAGUCAACAAAUGAUAAUUCUUCCAAAAUAUGGCUACGUUUAAACAGGAAACAGCAAUAUCAGUUUAAAAACAAUGAAUGAAUUUGAUGAUGUAAAAAAUAAAAUUACAUUACCAUAAUUAACUCUAAUAGUGAAAAGAUCUUCAGAAGAAGAUUUAAUGCAGAAAUAAUUAAAUGUUUUUCAAUAGUAUAACUAUGCAAAAAAUAGUCCAUAAUCUCCUGUUGAAGAUAAAGAAAAAAAUUUAUCCGCAAUCUCUAUAAAAUCAAGAACUUCUAUCAUAGAUAGAAUAUAAGAAGAACCUGAUGAUGAUGAAUAAUAAGAUGAAAUUCAAUUUCAAAAAUAAAAUCAAUAUAAAAAUAAUAGUAGCAAUUUGAAAAAUAAAGAUUAAAUGAUGAAAACACAAAAAUCAAAGCUAGGUUUUAUUAAAUAAAAAGACACUAUUGUAGAUUCAAGUUAAAGUAUCAAUAUAGAAAAUUAAAUUAAAAAUGACAACAAAACUAUUCUCAUAGAAGAAAUAAAUGAAAGUAAAAUAAACGAUGAAGAUUCUAAUGUAACAGAAAGUGAAGAUGAAGAUGAGGAAGAAAAAUAAGAAUUAGAGGACUAAAAUAUGGAUAUUUAGCAAAUAAUUUAAAAUUAAAUAGAUUAAAAUAAAAAAUUAUUGUUGCAAUAGUCUCUUGUAGUAUCCCCAGAAAAAAAAAAUAACAAAUUUAGAUUUAACUCAUCAAAUGAGGCCUCUCCAAACUAAAUAGAUUCAGUAGAAAAUCCUAAUUAAAAUAAUUUAGAAAUAUCUAAGAGAAUUCUAAAUAAAAAAAAUUACUUGAAUGAUAGCGAUAUCAAAAAACUCAGUCCAAUCAAAAAUGAUGAAAAUGAUUAAUAAAAAUAAUUUGAUUAAUAAAAUGUUGAAUUUCUAGGUGAGUAAAUUGUAAAAGAUCAAAGCGAGUAAAACAAUAUAAAAAAUACUUUUUAUAGCAACUCUAAAGAAGAUUAUUAGAAUUCUUAGGCUUAAACAAAAGCAAGUUUUCAGUCUUAAGAUCAGCAUACUAUUAAUAAACUAAAUACAGAUUAUAUUGUUGAAAAUACCUGUAAUUUUUAAACUACUAACACUUAAACUAAAGAAUUAGAUAUCAAUAAUUAAACAUAAACAUAAGAUAUUUAGUCUACUCAAAAGUUAUUUCCUUAAUUUUAGUAAAGUGAAGAAAAACUAAAUUUUUAAAAUGAAUAGCUCUAAAUGAUAGAUGACUUUAACAUAGAUAAAGGGUUUGGUAUAAAUACAAGCCAAGCUAAUCUCUUUUAAGAUGAAAAUGAUUGCAAUAUUCUAAUGAUAGAAUAAAAUUUUUGA